UUGAUAUCGUUGAAUUCUAUCUUCAGUAAAUCAGUGGGCAUGUCGGAUAUUCGGAAGAUACGAAAACCUUUGAUGGAAAAGAAAAGGCGAGCACGGAUUAAUGACUCCUUGGAAAUUUUGAAAACCAUUGUUUUAAGGAACACAUACACAUUGGAGAACGGAAAGGUGCCCACGAAAUUAGAAAAAGCAGAUAUUCUAGAAAUGACGGUUAGGCAUUUAAAAGCGAUACAUGGAGCUAGGAUACCGAUGUCAGAAGUAACCUCUACGACGGCCGAACUAGAUACAGUUUCGAGUUCCUAUAGUGGUCCCCUGAAACGAGUCGAUCCAAAUCGACAGUGUAGUGUUAAUAAUAAACAAUCCUGCAAAGCAAGUGAAACCUUUCGUUGCGAUUCCAUGGAUACGGAUAAGGAGAAUGCCUCACCACAAACGGAAGAAAGGAGUAUGCUGUCGAAACUUCAUUGGCGACCAUGGACGUGAACAUGGGCACA